CGCAGCCGCCUGUGGUCCAUCUCAGAGCACUGGAGGGCUGUGCCCACACUUGUGAAAGUGCCCAGGGGGAUGAGGCCCCAUUUGAGCCAGCCAGGGCCCAGGGCAAGCAGCAAGGGACCCUGGCCCAGGGUCUGGGUGUUGUCCAUGGACCUCCCUACUGCCCGGGGGGCUGCUCCUCUCUGCUCCCAUAGGACUCGGUUGCUCUGGGCCCCGGGUAGGCCCUUCUUCACUCUGGUGCUGCUGGCUUCCAUCAAGCAAGUUACAGGAUCUCUGCUUGAGGAGACAACUCGGAAGUGGGCUCAGUACAAGGAGAAGUGUCUGCGAGACUUACUCAAGGAACCUUCUGGUAUAUUUUGUAAUGGAACAUUUGAUCGGUAUGUGUGCUGGCCUCAUUCUUCUCCUGGAAACGUCUCUGUUCCCUGCCCUUCAUACUUGCCUUGGUGGAAUGAAGAGAGCUCAGGAAGGGCCUACAGACACUGCCUGGCUCGGGGGACUUGGCAGACAUUAGAGAACACCACAGAUAUUUGGCAGGAUGACUCCGAAUGCGCCGAGAACCACAGCUUCAAACAAAACGUGGAUCAUUAUGCCUUACUGUCAACCUUGCAGCUGAUGUACACUGUGGGAUACUCCCUCUCUCUUAUCUCCCUCUUCCUGGCUCUCAGCCUCCUCUUGUUUCUUCGAAAACUCCACUGUACUCGCAACUACAUCCACAUGAACUUGUUUGCGUCGUUCAUUCUGAGAGCCGUGGCUGUACUGGUGAAGGAUGUCGUCUUCUCCAAUUCCUACUCCAAGAGGCCUGACAGCGAGAGUGGGUGGAUGUCCUACCUGUCUGAGGUGUCCACCUCCUGCCGCUCUGUCCAAGUGCUGCUGCACUACUUUGUGGGCGCCAACCACUUAUGGCUCCUGGUUGAAGGCCUUUACCUCCACGCUCUUCUGGAGCCCACAGUGCUUCCUGAAAGACGGCUGUGGCCCAGAUACCUGGUGGUGGGUUGGGCCUUCCCUAUGCUAUUUGUUGUCCCCUGGGGCAUUGCCCGUGCACUCCUGGAAAACAUGGGAUGCUGGGCAACAAAUGGGAACAAGAAAAUCUGGUGGAUCAUCCGAGGACCCAUGCUGCUUUGUGUAACUGUCAAUUUCUUCAUCUUCCUGAAAAUUCUCAAGCUUCUCAUUUCUAAGCUCAAAGCCCAUCAAAUGUGCUUCAGAGAUUAUAAAUACAGAUUGGCAAAGUCAACACUACUCCUCAUUCCUUUGUUGGGUGUUCAUGAGAUCCUCUUCUCUUUCAUCACUGAUGAUCAAGUUCAAGGAUUUUCCAAACUUAUACGACUCUUCAUUCAGUUGACCUUGAGCUCCUUCCAUGGAUUCCUUGUGGCCUUGCAGUAUGGCUUUGCCAAUGGAGAGGUAAAGGCUGAGCUUUGGAAGUCCUGGGCCCGCUUCUUGCCUGUCCAACAUUCAGGCUGCAGAGCCUGGGUCCUGAGGAAGAACUUCGGGUUCCUGGGGAAGUGUCCCAAGAAGUUCUCAGAGAGAGAUGGCACCCAGAGAAUUUGUAAGCCGCAGGCCUCAGCAGACAGCUCACACCUGGCCUCACAGGGCAUGGGGGAACUGGACACCCGGCCUCACCAGGGCCACGCAGCCUGGCCCCGGGGCAUCAGCCUGUCUGAGAGCAGCGAGGGGGACUUCACUCUGGCCAACACCAUGGAGGAGAUUCUGGAAGAGAGUGAGAUCUAAGGCAGAGGAUGCCACUCCAGCUCUGCAGGCUGGUGACUCCUGAGAAGGACAAGGAUGCAGGAUGGAAAACAGGAUGGAUGUGACCAAGUGCAGAAUCGUUCUUUCCAAUCCCCCGUGCCCACUUGGAUGUGAGGUCUAGAUCCAGGUCCUUCAAACUCUGUAUAAACGAAGCUGUGUGGUGCCCCCAGCUUCUGCCAGCCUGCCUCUUAACCCUCACCAGUGUGCUUUCCUGAAUGACCACCAGUCUGUGGGGUCUGCCUCUAAAUUAAUGAAUGGAGCCCCAGGAUGCAGAGAAGUCUCUUAUUAAGUAGACUCUAACCAGUACCUUUUCCUUUCCCUCCCAUGACACAUGGUUUCCUUUGGAGGUUGGGUUUAGGGUACACAAGACCUCCCUAGGGAGCUUUUUAAAUGCAGAAUUUCAGGCUCAUGGCUGAGAGUCUACAAGAGUAAAUGUGGGAUGAUGGCUGGGAAUUAGCACUACCUAACUAGCCUCUCGGAAAUUCUGAUGCAAGUUCACCCUCAGAAAACACUGGGCAGGGUGUGAGGGAACAUUGUGCUGGCCUGACCCACAGCAGGGUGAAGUGAGUGGUAUGCUGCAUCUGCAGUCCAGCUGUGAGACACCUGCCUCCUGGGACAGUGUGUGAGCCCAUGUCACCCACCAGACCCCACUCCUUCAUUGCUUCUCUUUUCCUCUGCUGUCAAAUCUUCUCUUCCUCUCUCCAUCUCAGUCCUCUGUCUGUGGUCAGCAUAAAACUCUUGUUUCAGCUGUCAUCCUACCCUUCCUUGGACGGUUGUCCCCAGCUCUCGGGAACCUGCUGAAUGUCAUCAUUGGUCCUCUCUUCUCCUUUCUGGCCCACCUGCCUUUCCAAGCUUGGCUUCUACAAGCCUGACUUGCUCUAGCACCCUCUAUACUUGGUUUGCCUUUGAUGGCCAUGCCUUCUGCUCCAGCUGUUUAUCCACUACUCUCCCUGACUCCAGGCCCUGCUGAUAAGAACUCUACUCCCCAGGUGGGUAUCAGGGAGUAGCCCUGAAAGACAGAGGGUAUUGAGGUAAAGCAAUAGGGCUGUAGCACCAAGAGGCCCAAGACUAUGCCAGCUGGGCCUGAGGGACCUGUCCUACCUGUGGGAAAUCUGAGUUGUGCGCCAGAAUCUGACCUAGGGAGGCUGGGGAGGGCAAGACAGUAGAUCAGGCGCAGUGGCUGAGCCCCAGAGCAAGAGUCUGAAGGAAGAUGAAAAGAGGAAUAGCCUAGGGCAGUGUCGUGCUCAUGUCUAGGAGUGUUGCUUUUAUAGUGCGUGAAAUGUAUGUGCAAGUGGGUGAGGUAUGUUGCUGUGGAACUAAGUACUGUUAUGUCUUGUGUGUAGAAGUUAUGAUGCUUUCCAUGUUGGGCUGCCAAAUUUAGAAAAAAACAAAAAACUGAACUGGACUCGGUGGCUCAUGACUAUAAUCCCAGCAUUUUGAGAAGCUCAGGCAGGAGGAUUGCAAGUUUGAGCCCAGCCUGACCAAUCUAGUAAUUUAGCAAAACCCUGUCUCAAAAUAAAAAGUAAAAAAUGUUGGGAAUGGAGCUUAAUAUGAAGGCCCUGGAUUCAAUCCUUAGUACCUCAAAAAUAACACUUCAAAAACAUGAUACUGGAUUACAUUUGAAUUUCAGACAAUCAAAUCAUCGUCUUGUAUAAGUAUAUCCCAUGGUGCAUCAUCUGAAAUUUGAAUUUAGUCAUGCAUCCUGUCUUUUACCUGGCAACUCUGUUUUCAAGGAUAUUUUAUAGCAGGGCCAGGACAAACAUGAGACCGUUCCAACAUUCACCUCUAAGAACUUCAGUGAUCAGAAUACAUUACACUUUAAUGUAAUAUUUUAGAAAGCCAAAUCCACAAAUUAUAGCCCACUAGUCAUAUAAAGAUAAAGUUUCACUCACACCAGGGCUGGGGUUAGCAUGAGGCAGGAGAAGCCAGCUCAUGCAAGCUCAGCACUCACCCUGAUUCUAUUUAAAAUGUUGAUAUUUGGUUCAUCAGGGACUUCGUGACACUAGUUUUCAUUGCUAAAUUACUACAUUAAAAUGUUAUCUAUCUUGGGCCGGGGACUUAGCUCAGUGGUUCCGCUGGCUGCCUCGCAAGGGCAAAGUCUGGAGUUUGAUCCCUGGUACCAAAAACAUUAAAAAUAAAUUUUAAAAAUGUUAUCUGUCUUGACUAUGAAGUGCCCCCUUGAAUUUUACACUGACUUGCAGGAUGGGGACAGAAGCCAAGGCAUCAGGCAAGUGCAUAAAGAAGCAAAGUUUUAUUUUUGGUGUCCAGAGUAUGCAUAGUUCAAUCAUUAAAAUAUGUGUCCUGCUACUUGCUCCUUUCUGCGAAUGUCCCUCCCUUGUGCCGUCAGUUUAUCAGCUCCUGGAAAGCUGGGAUCAUUUCCUAUUCCCAGCACAUACCCAGCACGUAGGGCUGGCUAGAGUAGGUACCUGGUACACAACCACCAAGGGAGGCUGGACUGAAAGUUCUCUCAGGAGCAUCAGAUGCUGUCCGCAGAAAGUUAUCAAGGAUCCUGCCAUGAAGAGGAGAAACUUUCAUUUUAUAUGGUCUCCUGCCUCCCUCUACAAAUAGGGUAGCCUUCCCACACUGCUUGCUCUCACCCUGCUAAUGAUUAAAAUGAGUUUAUUUAAGUUGA